UGUUCGGAUGUUUGCGCGGUAUACGGUACCGGUAUUUGGUUCGCUAAUAGGACCACAUCAUAAGUAUAAAUAAAUAUUCUUCAAUUGAGAAAAUAACACUGUGGUCACCAAGUUGGAAAACAAAGUAUAUGUACUUAAGCAAUAUGGAAAGCGAGAAUUUUCAUGAUGUUGAUGUGCUUAUCAGACCAGCCAGAAAGGACGAUAUGGUGACUGUCGCUAGUUUAAUACAGGAACUGGCUGAUUUUCAAAAUAUGUCCGAUGGUCCGAAAAUGAAUGCUAAAGAUUUACAGCGAGAUGGCUUUGAAACAACACCACCAGCAUUUCAGCUUCUUGUAGCAGAGAACAAAAAGAAUAAUGCAGUUAUUGGCUAUGCUCUCUACUUUACAACAUAUUCAACUUGGGACGGCCCGGCAAUGAUGCUGGAAGAUUUGUAUGUGAAACCUGCACUGAGGAAGCAAGGUAUAGGUAGAAGGCUUUUUAAUGCAGUUACCAAGCAAGCAGCACUGGCCAGAUGUUCACGAUUAGACUUUCAUGUCUUGGAAUGGAAUAAAGCAAAAUCAUUUUAUGAGUCCAUUGGAGCUGUAAACCUGACAAAAACUGAACAAUGGUGCUUGUAUCGUCUGUCUGGGGAUGCUUUUCAAAAAACAGCUAAUCAAAAAUAGUAUGAUAGCGUUGGGUAUUUAAUAAAAGACAAUGUGAUCAAACAUUAUCGGUAUAUUAUUGUAUUGUAAUAUUAUAUACAACAUAACAUAUUGUGUAGUUUACUGUCGUGGCGUGAAGUAUUUAGCUUAACAUUACUGUGAUAUUGCCAAUGUGGUGACAGACUCUAUGCUUGUUAUUGAACAAACAUUUUGUAUAAUCUAA